AUGACAUUGAACAGAGACAGAGACAGUCGAUACCAGUGGGCAUCAAUCUUGGCCCAGGAUGCUGCCACUAAAGCACAUUUUUAUCUGAUGGCUGCAAAUGCCCCCACUCGCCAUUUGGUGUAUGGUCAGAUGAGGUUUCUGGUUAUCUGUGAUGUCGGGGAACUGGAAAUGGCAUUGCAAAGGGUUGUAAGUUUUCUGCAAAACCUAGAGCAUUAUCUCGCCGUGAAUCGCCUCAAUCAAGCGAUUGAUAAUCAAGCAAAGGAUCUUGUAGAAGACCUCAAAAAGCUCAUUGUCCUAAAAUUGGAUGACUUUCCAAUUGAUCAAAAUGCUUUGGAUCUCUUCAGCCCUGAUAUUAGAACAGUGACUGUUGGCAGUAUAUGUAUCUGCGUCAGAAAUGGACAGCUCUGGAUAAACGGUAGCUAA